UUAUUCUGAGUUCAUAUAUUGCAUAUCUAUCAUUUCUAACUGCCCUCUGCCCUCUGGCAUAAACAAGGCAUUGCUGCUGCUCACUGGAUAUUUCCUUGUGUUUUUUGGACCCUUUCUCUUAAAACCCUAGUAGAACAGUAGUCGUUUCUGAAAGCAUGGCACAUUCAAAGUCACUUAAAUCACCAUUCUGAUUCUCAGUUUAAACUCACGGCCAUGUGUAUGUGUCUUAGGCAGUGUAACAGGUGAGGUGUACCUAAUAAAGUGGAAUGUUUUUGCACUUUUUCCUCACAGUUACUCAAAAUGAUUCCUGGUAGUGGAAAAUGCUGGUGGUAGAAGAAGAAGAAGGAGAAAAGACUGGAUGAAUUUUGAGUGUCACAUUUUUAAUCGUAUAGUUGUUUAAUUGUCAGGAAUCUCAUUACUGUGGCCAUGACAACAUGUUUGUUAAUCAAAGAUUAUAGUUUGUACUGUAUAUACUUCAAUAAUGCAAUUUAUUAUGCAAACUGAGCUAAUAAUAACUCUAUAUUGUGCUUCUGUAGCGCCACUGUUUAUUUUCAUUCUAAACAAAGUUCCACCAGUGUCCAGCAGGUGGCAACAUCCACAAACUGACGGCGUUGCAGCGGCGAAAAAAGGUUCCGGGUUGAAUCUACAGCUGUGUAAACAACAACAACAACACGAGUGUAAAGCUCGUGUAGAGAGCUCUUCCGCUCUCUUUUGUGUCCUCUGUUGUCCUGUAUUCCGUGUUUAAAUUCUUAAAUUCUGUCACGCUGCUGCUCGGUCAUGUUGUUGCUCCGGACGGCGGCUCUCAGUGGCAGAGCUGUGGCCGCCCGGCGCUGCCUGCCCACCGGCUUCACCUCCUUUAGAAGCACCGCUGCGUACAUCCAGGGCCAGAGCCCCGAGCCACGCAUCCGGGAGUACUUCUACUAUAUGGACCACCAGGGACAGCUUUUUCUCGAUGACACAAAGAUGAAGAACUUUGUCACCUGCUUUAAAGACAAACAGUUCCUGGUCUUCUUCUUCAGUCGGCUGCGUUCAAACCAGAGCGGGCGCUACGAGGACGACUUCCCCUUCCUGUCCCUGUGCGGGAGGGAGAGGAACUUCCUGCGCUGCGAUGACCGACCUGUGGUCUUCACCCACCUGCUGCAGGGAGACCGGGAGCUGCUGUCUUACUGCGGCGGAGAGGAGAAGCUGGCCGUGCCGUUCCGUCCCGAGGCUCUGUACAUGCAUCCCAGCAGUGGCCGGUUGUAUCAUCCCUGCUCGGAGCGAUCGGGAGGUGUCGGCCUGGUCUGCUCGGCUCUGGCCAUCGAGCUCAGCACCUUCUUUGUCUACGAUCAGGGGGAGGGACAAUCGGGACAGCCUACACAUUUCAUAUGGGGAGGACAGAAGCACACGCUGACCAAUGAAGUGGCAGGAUGCUUCCCGGCAGCAGAGCAGGGCAGUGGGCAGCAAGGAGAACUGGGAUAACGACAAGAAGCAGUCACAGGUUUAGUUAGUCGUCCACACACAGCAUGUGGACCACUUUGACAUCAUCGACAGAUGUGUGCGUGUGUCCAACAUUGACCCAUGUUCAUCGUGUGUUUGUUAGUGAGAUGCAUGGACCAAUGUCCUAAUUUAUAAGAUUAUUGAUGAGUGGAAGGUCAUUUUUUUGGAUUAAAUCAAUUAGAGCUGCAAUGAUUAUUUGAUUAAUCAAUUAUUUAUCGACUACUAAAUUCAUUGCCAACUAUUUUGAUAAUUGAUUCAUCUGUCAAAAAUAAUUAAAACAUGCUUUCUGAUUUUUCAAAUUCAGUUCCUUUGCCCCAUUCGACAAAGAAAUCUUCAUUAAAAUCUUAAUUUUAGUUUUUGGACAAAACAAGACGUUUGAGAACAUCAUCACUUCCAGGUUUUGGUAAACACACUUUACGGACCAAACAAGUACUCGAUUAAUCGAGAAAGUAAUCGACAGAUUAAUCGAUGAUGAAAGUAAUAGUUAGUCCAGACUUGGUAUUGUGUUUUUCAAGACUACCAUCACAGCACUUGUUGCAGUAUCUGUACACACUCAUCGGCAAAGUAUACCUCAGGAUAAUCUGACGCCUGUACUGACUUGGAGACUUGGAGCUGCAACGCAUAGGAAAAGCAGCAGCUCUGAAUGAAUGUGCAGGUAUGUCGUCGGUCAGCUGUGAAGGGAGCACUUGAUUUGCUUUGCCAAUUCUUUGCCAUAGCACACACGUGACAAGUCAAAUGAGCAGUUCUAAAAUAAGUAAGUGGUGUCUUUUGACGGGGAUUUGCAUUUAACAUUUAUUUAGGCAGAUGAAAUGUGCUUUGACAACAAAAGAAACCAGUUUCUCUGUUGAAUAUGUAAUAAACUUAAUACUGACUUGUA